UUUCCGGUCUCCCCAGCAGCUCAGACCCUUCCCUUGCCUUCCCUCCCCUCUUUCUCUUUUUCUCGGCUCUCCUCGGACCACUCCAGCUCUCUCCUCUCCUCCCUGCAGUUGUGACUGUGUGUUUUCGGAGUGCGGGAUGUGUUGUUCGGUGGGUUUCGCCCGCUCUCUGGGUCUGGCCCUGCUGCCUCUAGCCCUCUGCUGUAUUGUGGCAAACCUGCUGCUGCUGUUUCCUAUGGGAGAAACCAACUACAUCAAGCAGGACCGUCUGGCAAGCUACACCUGGUACUUUGGAGGACUAGGAGGAGGGGGACUAAUGAUGCUGGUUCCAGCUGUUGUGUUCAUCUCUCUGGGGAAAUGUAGCUUCUGCUGGAACGAGAGCUUGAUGAUGUGCGGGUCAGUGCUGGCAGCUGUGAUCGGACUGGUGGGGUCCUGUUACUGUUUGGUCAUAUCUGGGUUCACCUUGGUGCAGGGUCCCCAGUGCUUCACCUCUUUUGGAUGGUCUUACCCCUUUUCAGACCAGGGGGGCAGGUAUCUCUUACAACCAGAGACCUGGUCCCGAUGUCUUCAGCCGGUCAACAUCGUGGAGUGGAACGUGACUCUGCUGUGUGUGUUGAUAGGCCUGGCUGUGCUGGAGUUCAUCAUCUGUCUCAUGCAGCUCGGAAGCGGUUUAGUCAACGCUGUCUGUCGGCCCUUUUGCUAUAAGCAGGAGUACAGUCUUAAUGCUUAGUUAGACACACACACACAUUUGUAUGUAUACCUGCAGAGACACAAGAGCGUGUGCACACAUAGGCAGUCACUCAAUCCACCUGUACAUGCACCUAUGGGACAUUUAUGGGCACAUGUGUACGCACAGCCUUUUUGCCUCGUGUGUGAGUGUGUGUGUGUGUGUGUGAGUACAACACAGUAUUACAACGACACAUAGUGCAACCACGCUUUCAUGCUUUCAGUUUUCCUUUUCAAGUGGGAGAAAUCACUCUUCAGCCAUUGAUGAGGAUUGAUUAAAUUUCAAGGGCAACGGGUCAUCAGUCCAUAAUGAAAUUGUGUUUUUGUGUGUUUUGUGUGUGUGUGUCUUGAAUAGUGAAUAAGAACAGAUUAAUGAUGCUAUAUUAAUUUGCAACUGGUAAAAAUACGCUAAACAGACCAUUAUGUACAUAGUAAUGUAGAUAAUAAGACAAAGACGAGCAUCCAAUAAUAAUAUUAGGUAUAUUGGAUGUUAGGUUUAAUCAGUUGUGUGACACUUUUGUGUUAACUUUUUUUAAAGAGGACAUAUUAUCCUCCUUCUCCACCUUUUCAAACAGUCCCCCUGUGGUCUAAAUGAAACAUCUGUGCUGUGCUUUGGUCAAAAUAUAACAUGAAUCAAGCACCAGAGGAGGUUUGUGACCCUGUAUAAACCAGCUCUCUCAGAACGCUCCGUUUUGGUGUGUGUGUCUCUUUAAAUGCAAUGAGCCCCUCCCCCCUCACCCCGCCCCUCUCUUCCAUGGGGUGUGCCGACCGGUGCCGACACAAGUUCAGCUUUGAGUUUCCAUGGCAACUCGUCAGCGUGCCCCCUGGGACAAACAUGGCUGCCGGAGACAACACAGGAGGGGAGGGGAUUUAUUUAUUUUUUUUUUUACCAGAAUCCCACUGUGACAUCACAAGGAGAGCAAAUUUGAAACGGAGCAUUUUCCUCUGUGUUGUAAGACUUACGCAGACCACAAACAAAGAACUGGAUUGGUUUAUUUCACAUUUUUUAAGGGUCGGUAGACACUCGCGUUACCCAAAUAUAUGUUUUUGAAAUACUGUAAAAGUGGAUUUUUCAUAAUAUGUCCCCUUUAAAGAACACAAAGAAUUCUUUGUACCAUUGAUGACUUACCUAAACCGUCUGAGUUCUUAAUGUCAAGGUUGCUCACUUUCUUUAUUAUCAUUAUUUACAGUAUACCUCGUUGACGUCAUAAAGCCAACAACUAAAUUCAUAAAAAGAUGAUACCAUGAUUUAAACCAGUGUCAGUAAACUAGACUACUUAAAAAAAGCCACGUAUUUCUACCAUCAGUAUUUAUGGUGUCACUACAAGUGGGACACUACUCCAUUAUUUUAAUGAUCAUUCGAUCCUUUAGGGAUGGUUUCAUUCUGUUGGCGCGAAUAUUUAAACACUGGACCGACUGAGGAGCAUAAGCAGAUGUGUGUGUUUUUGUGUGUUUAUACUUUUGUCUUCAAGGACAACUUUUGUUAUAAAUUGUUUUUCUCUGCGUCUUUCCAAUGCUAGGUCAGCGUAAACAGACAUUUUAUAUAUAUUUUAGUGACAUAUUUUUAUAAUGUGUGUUUGUUUGUGUGUGCUGCCUUGAAUAAAAAAAUAACUAUUUCCAUUUUAUGAUUG